GGCCGCACACAGUUGGUAUUCGGACGAGCAAGCGUUUGCAUCGCGCACAGUUUGAACUACAGUCAGAGAGUCACAUAAAAGAGCUCCUGUCUGGCAUUGAGAAGCCACACAAAGGAUAAACACACAAGGAAUUCGAUAGUCCUCGCUACGUCUUGUUCACCGGAAAGCCGGCGCCAUUGUGUCGCCAAACCGUCUACGUGCCUUGUAGAGAGAUUUUUAGCUAGCAUUCCAGCGCCCAGAAAUCUAAUACCAAACCGCAACUAUGUCAGCGCCCAUUAAGCUAAUAAUUGCUGGCUUCUGCCUGCUGGCCACCGCCUACAAUAUCCGAGCACACGAACAUCAGCAUUUGCAGUGCUGGCACUGCAGCUCGAGCACCAUUGGCUCGGAGGACUUUUGCGAUGUGACAUUCCAGGAGGAUAACAUACCCACGGAACUGAUCAAGGAGCGCAAUAUAAAUCUGUUGCGCAGCUGCAACAGCUCCAUCAACUCCGAUCACGAGCGUGCCGUUUGCCGCAAAACCGUUGAGGAGUACGAUGGCAAAAUCGUAACCAAACGCUUUUGCUACUACACCAACAAAUCGGAUCCCGUGGAGCUGUGCAAUGUGACGACCCCGGAGAAGAAUGUGCGGCGAAUAUUCUGCGAGGAUUGCCUGACUGAUCGCUGCAAUGGCGCCGCUGGCCUCGCAGCCAUCUUUGCGGCCAUUUUGUUGCCGGCCAUGGCACUGGCCAACCAGUUGGCCAACUAAGAUGGCCAUGUCCCUCGGUCGUAUCUCUAUUUUUAGUUAAAACGUGAUAUUUUAUUUAGCUAGCCCCACAGCUGAGCCAUUCGCUGAUUAACAUUAAAAUUUUACUUAGUUUAGUUAUAGGCGUAUUAUACUUUCGUAGUCCCUUGUAGUCCCCAUUUUAUGUUAGGUUUUAAUCUAUAAUUAUUUGAUUCGUUUAGUGAAUUACUUUAGGGUGCAUUUCAUGAUUUGCUUCAGUCGUUUUUAACCCAAACAACACUCCGAUAAAUAAAUUAGCCAAAUAGCUUAGCUUAACAAUCGAAUAUUAACUUCAACAACAGCAAGCCACGCUCUAUAAACGAUAAAGUACCACAAUAACAAUAAUAAUAAUAWUAAUGAUAUUGAUAGUAAAUUAAUGUUGAAAUGUACAACUCAAAACACCGUAUACAUUCUUCAAUGUAUUUAUCACAAUUGUAUAAACUAUAAAUCUGACACCGAAUAAAUUCCUUAUCUAUCUGA